AAGCUUGGGGCGGUACGAAAUCGGGGCGUCAUGUCGGAUUUGGGUAUCCAAAAUCUCACAAAACCCUCUUCUUCAACUUGCAGCCUUACCUAAAAGCUUUCUCCUUCACAGUCUUCAAACUUGGAGCUGCUGUUAUUUACUUUCAACAUUAACCUUUAAUUGACAAAGCAGAGGAAUAAUAGUGUUAGAGAAAUGGUGAGCAAAAGGCAGAAAUUAGCUCGAAAACGAUACAAGGAAGCUAAUCCUGAACUAUUCCCAAAGGCAGAACCAACUCCGCCCAAAGACCCGAGCAAGAGAAAGAAGAAGAAGAGCACAUUCAAGAAGAAAAAAGGAGAAUCCAAAGAUCCUAACAAGAAACGUUCAUUUACGAAGCACCCUUUUAGAGUCGCUGGAAUGAAGCCUGGUGAAAGCUGCUUUAUAUGUAAAGAACAAGACCAUAUUGCCAGGGAUUGCCCUAAGAAAGCGGAAUGGGAAAAGAAUAAGAUAUGUUUGCUUUGUCGUCGACGCGGUCACAGCCUGAAGAAUUGCCCCAACAAGAAUGAUGAAGUGGUGGAUAGGAAGUUAUGUUACAAUUGUGGGGAAACAAGUCAUUCUUUGGCUAACUGCCCGUAUCCGCUACAAGAUGGUGGAACAAAGUUUGCCAGUUGCUUUAUUUGUAAAGAACAAGGUCACUUGAGUAAGGACUGCCCUAAAAAUACUCAUGGCAUAUACCCAAAGGGUGGUUGCUGCAAAAUUUGUGGUGGUGUUACACAUUUGGCAAGAGACUGUCCUAAUAAAACUGGCAAAGCUUCUGAUUCGGCCAUUGGUAGAUUUAAAAUUUCUCAAUUUGAAGACCGGCCAAGGGGACAAGUUACCAAACUUAGCAGUGGGGAUGAUCUUGAGGAUGACUUCAACUUCAUGGCAGAGGAUGUUAAUGAAGACGGUGAUGCUAAAUUAAAGAAGAAGAAAGAAACUAAAGUUGUUAAUUUUGUAAUAAAUGUGCAGGCAAAUGCUGUGUCUGGAACGGCAGUACAAGAUGAAUGUAAGCUAAAGUUCUUGGAAUUAAAAACAAAGAGAAACUACAGAUUCAUUAUCUUCAAGAUUGAUGGUCAGGAAGUGGUGGUAGAGAAACUUGGCAGCCCUGAAGAAAGCUACGAUGAUUUCGCCAGCUCUCUCCCUCCUGAUGAAUGUCGCUAUGCUGUCUUUGAUUUCGACUUCAUAACUAACGAAAAUUGCCAGAAAAGCAAGAUUUUCUUUAUUGCUUGGUCACCAGAAUCAUCAAGGGUGAGGAUGAAGAUGGUAUACGCGAGCUCAAAGGACAGAUUCAAGAGAGAACUGGAUGGAAUUCAAGUUGAAUUGCAAGCAACAGAACCUAGUGAAAUGAGCUUUGAUCUUAUAAAGUCGCGAGCCUACUGA